CAAUCUGAUGAUCUAAUAUAGCGUUAAUGGCUAAAGAUCAAGGUGGGGAUCCUUGGCAAGACCUUUCGACGUUCAAGUUAGUAUCCUUUUCAGAGAGGUAAAUGAAGAAGAACAGUAGAGGAUGUGCAAAUGAAGGUCUCAGAUGUGAAAAUUAUGUGUCUUGUUAACGGAGAGGAUCUUUCUUUUUAUACUAUCUCACAUAACUUUCAUGAUCGUGAGGUGGUCUCUGGUCUGUCAGACUUUGUUAGGUGAUGGAAAAAGUGCAGCCUGGGUAUCGUGUAAUAAUUGUCCCAGGAACUUUUUAUUUAUCCAUUGGUAUAUCUCUUUUGUCGUUUAUAUCUCCCAUCAUUACUGAGGCGAUUAAAGGCAUAUGUUGUUAUGAUUAGCUGGCAUAUGAGGACAUAAUAACAUUCGAAGCAAGUUUCGAAAGAAUAUUCCCCGACAAGUUUUGAUAAGCCAUUAAAAUGUCGUCAGUUGUUGACGACUGAGUAUAAUUUGACCGGUCUAUAAGGUCGGUCGUAUUGCUUGUCAUUAUAUCAAUCUUUUCUGGCAUAUAUUAAAUAUUGUAAAGAUUUGUUCAGGGACUAAUAUAGUGCCCAUAGUAUGCCAAAAAUUCAUUCAAGAAGUUAUAUGAUAAAUUAUGUAUGUUAGCUUUUUUUUAGGGACAAUGUGACAUUAGGUAACUUAAACUCUGUCAACCUUUGUUGGACCGAACAGAUAUGUAGAGUUUUCUAAGGAUAAGUGUCUUUAAGCCCGUCCAAUUUUUGCCCGGUCGGGCGUACACAAAAAUCUUUAUGACCGACCGACCUUUAUCUGGUUGGUCUUAUACUAAGAGCUUUACGAGGCUAAGUGUCUUUAAGCUCACUCGGAUUUUACUUGGUUGGGCGUACGUAGAGAACCUUAUGUUCGGUCGGCGUUUGUUCGACUGAUCUUAUAUGAAGAGAUUUAUGAGGCUAAGUAUCUCUAAGUCCGCCCAGGUUUUGCUUAGCCAGGCGUACACAAAGAAUCUUAUGUUUGGUCGGCCUUUGUCCGACCGAUCUUAUAUUAAGAGAUUUCUAGAAGGCCUAAGCGCUUAGGGUUCGGUCAGGUUGUCAUCUAACCAAACUCUCUUGCACUCGGUCGACUGCUUGACUAAUCGGAUACAUUAUUUGGUGACUUCCAGAGAGUCCUUAUAUCCGACCGACUUUAUGGUCGGUCGAUCUUAUUCGAAUGUCCUACUUUGUAAUCAUUCGGGCAGGACCCUAGAAUUUUAACGUGGGACGAUCGACAAAGUCAUAUGGGAAGCGCUCUCCUAUUCUGAUUUUGACCACCACCUCAUCUUGACUUUGACCGCCACAUUAUUUUCUAAAUCCACUCGCUAUAACUUGUAUCACUAGCCUCCCCUUCAAAUCUAGUCGAAGAAGAUGUAAACGACCAAGCUCCCUUGCACUUGGUUGGCUACUUGACUAACCGGAUACAUUAUUUUCUGACUUCCAGAGUAAAAUACUAGAGUCAUUAUAUCCGAUCGGUUUUAUGGUUGGUCGGCCUUAUUCGAACGUCCUACUUUGUAGCCGUUGAGGUAGAACCCUAGAGUUUUAACGUGGGGCAGUCGACAGAGUCAUAUAGGAGGCGCUCUCCUAUUCUGAUUUUGACCAUUAUCUCACCUUGAUUUUGAUCUCACGUCAUCUUCUAGAUCAGUUCGUUGGAGCCUGUAUCAGGUGGCUUGUGCAUUUCUUGACGCCACAGCUUCUGCUUCUCCAGUUUUUGAAGGCACAUUCAUGACUCACCGGAAAACAACAGCUGCAAGAUGAUGGAGAGAUCGCGGCAGGCGCAGGGACUCCUCUUGAUUUGCCUGCUGAUCUGCCUCCGACUGGUUUCUGCUUUUCACCGGCCGCCGCCGGGGAGGGUGAUCCAAACGGCAUUCGAGAAACCGCGUUCGCACCCGCAACAAGUGCACGUGUCUGUCGCGGGGCGAGACCGGAUGAGAGUGUCGUGGAUCACCGGCAGCCUGCAUGCUCUGUCGCUGGUGGAGUACGGUAAGGCGCCGGGGCAGUACGAGGCGUCGGCUACAGGGGAGGGCACUUCAUAUCUUUACUUCUUUUACCGCUCCGGCAAGGUCCACCACGUCAAGAUCGGCCCCCUCGAACCCGGCACGGUCUACUACUACCGCUGCGGUGGAAUCGACGACGAGUUCAGCUUCAAAACUCCGCCGGCGACUCUCCCCGUCGAGCUAGCCAUCGUAGGGGAUCUCGGGCAAACAGAAUGGACGGCGUCGACGCUAGCUCACAUCGGAAAAUCAAGCUACGACAUGCUCCUUCUGCCCGGCGACCUUUCCUACGCCGACAGCCAGCAGCCUCUUUGGGAUUCCUUCGGCCGGUUCGUCCAACCAUACGCGAGCCGCCGGCCGUGGAUGGUGACCGCGGGCAACCACGAGAUCGAGGCCAUCCCAAUUCUCUACCCAGACCCUUUCGUCUCCUACAACUCCCGCUGGCGCAUGCCCUACGAGGAGAGCGGCUCGACCUCCAACCUCUACUACUCGUUCGACACCGCCGGAGGCGCUGUCCAUGUCGUCAUGCUGGGCUCCUACGCCGACUUCAACUCCAGCUCCCCGCAGUACGAGUGGCUGGCGGCCGACUUGGCCAAGGUCGACCGGAGGGUCACCCCGUGGCUCUUCGUGCUCCUCCACGCGCCCUGGUACAACACCAACGCGGCGCACCAGGGCGAGGGCGAGAGCAUGAGACGAGCGAUGGAAUCGCUGCUUUACGGAGCGCGAGUCGACGCUGUUUUCGCCGGGCACGUCCAUGCCUACGAACGCUUCACGAGGAUUUACGACAACAAGGCGGAUCCUUGUGGGCCUGCGUACGUAACCAUCGGCGACGGAGGAAACAGAGAAGGGCUAGCACUGGAGUUCGACCAGAAUCACAGGUCGGCUUCUCUGUCGCUGUUGCGCGAGGCGAGCUUCGGGCACGGCGAGCUCAGGGUGGCCAACGCGACGCACGCUCGCUGGACGUGGCACCGCAACGACGACGCUUACGCCACCGUGCGGGACGAGGUGUGGCUGACGAGCCUCGGCGCCUCCGGCGGCUGCGGUGUUGGACGCGCCGCCAGAAUCGCACGCGCUUCGGCCAAGCUCGAGCUUUAGGAAAACGUAAGAAUUCAUUGACGUCAAGCUUUAACACAUGUCACAUUCUGUCGUAGCCGAUUGAAGUUUCACUUAGGCUUACGAGGGUGUAUAGGCCAAGUGAGGGAGGGAUUAUCACUUGAUUCAGUCAACUAG